AUGCCCGUCUCCUCCUCCGAGCUCGCCGAGGGCAUCCACCUCGCCCGCCGCGAACUCAGGUUCGCCCAUGCCGCCCGCCGCCGGCACGUGCAGUGCGGCACGUGGAGCGUCGACGAAGACCUGGCGCUUCGGCGCACCAUCCGCCUCUGCCGGCGCGCGCUGGCCGCCUUCCUCCCCGCCUACUGGGUGGCCCUCGAGCUCGAGGCCAAUUUCCAACAGCCGCCCGGCCCCCCUCCUCGCGCCCUCGCCGCCAUGGCUGCCCUUCGGGGACAAGAUGACCUCGGGCGGAAACUUUGGGCCCUAGGCCAGACGAUUUGA